UCUGCAUACAUUUUCCUUCACUUUCCCGGUAAAGUAGCCGAGAAAAGUAGGGAAAGAGAAUGUACUCGGCGAUUCGUUCGUCGCUUCCGCUCGAUGGCAGCAUGGGAGAUUAUUCCGACGGAACUAAUCUUCCCAUCGACGCCUGCUUGGUCCUAACCACUGACCCAAAGCCCCGUCUUCGCUGGACGUCGGAGCUCCACGAGCGAUUCGUCGACGCCGUCACCCAGCUCGGCGGACCCGACAAAGCAACGCCCAAAACGAUAAUGAGAACGAUGGGAGUGAAAGGUCUCACUCUCUACCACUUGAAAUCUCAUCUUCAGAAAUUCCGCUUGGGGAGGCAAUCCUGCAAAGAAUCAACUGAAAACUCUAAGGAUGUUUCUUGUGUUGCGGAGAGUCAGGACACAGGUUCAUCUUCAACAUCAUCAUUAAGAUUGGCUGCGCAGGAACAGAACGAGAGUUACCAGGUCACUGAAGCUUUGCGUGCUCAGAUGGAAGUCCAAAGAAGACUACACGAGCAAUUAGAGUAUGCGCAGGUACAAAGGAGACUCCAGCUAAGGAUCGAGGCACAGGGGAAGUAUUUGCAAUCAGUUCUAGAGAAAGCUUGCAAGGCUAUAGAGGAGCAAGCUGUUUCGUUCGCCGGGCUCGAGGCGGCUAGAGAAGAGCUCUCAGAGCUAGCCAUAAAGGUCUCCAAUGGGUGCCACCAAGGAACAACAAGCUCGUUCGACACGACCAAAAUGAGGAUUCCGUCCUUAUCCGAGCUUGCAGUAGCGAUAGAGCACAAAAACAACUGUUCAGCAGAGAGCUCUCUGACUUCAAGCACCGUGGGGAGUCCAGUUUCAGCUGCUUUGAUGAAGAAGAGGCAUCGUGGAGUGUUUGGAAACGGGGAUAGUGUGGUUGUGGGUCAUGAAACUGGGUGGAUUAUUCCUAGUAGUAGCAUUGGAUGAAGGUUAAAGAGAGAGAGAGCGAGAGCGAGGGAGACCAGAUUUUAGCUUAUUUGCUUUGUUGUAUUAUUUAACUCGAAACUUUGUCAUCAAACCUAUCUGUCUUAGUUUGUAAUGUAUAUAUUUGUUGAAGCUGUAGUGUCUCUUGUUGGAGUAAGCUUGAGAGAAGCUUAAGGAGCAAACUUCUAAAUU